UGCCGCCGCUCGUCCCCUCGGCCACGCCGCGUCCCGCCCGCCGCCCCGCCGCCCCGCCGCCCCGCAGCCCCGAGCUCCUCCGCCCCUCCUCACCUCUCUCCGCGCCGGGCCAUGCCGCCGCGGGGCUCCCGGGGGCCGCUGCCGCCCUUGCUGCUGGUGUGGGCGCUGGCGGCCUGCGCGGCGCGGGCCUCCGAGAUCACGUUCGAGCUGCCCGACAAUGCCAAGCAGUGCUUCUACGAGGAGAUCGCCCAGGGCACCAAGUGCACCCUCGAGUUCCAGGUGAUCACUGGAGGUCAUUAUGACGUUGAUUGUCGGUUGGAAGAUCCCGAUGGCAUUGUACUGUACAAAGAGAUGAAGAAACAAUAUGAUAGCUUUACAUUUACUGCAUCCAGGAAUGGAACAUACAAGUUCUGCUUCAGUAAUGAGUUCUCUACUUUCACACACAAAACUGUGUACUUCGAUUUCCAGGUUGGAGAAGAUCCACCACUGUUUCCUAGUGAGAACAGAGUAACUGCACUUACCCAGAUGGAGUCUGCGUGCGUUUCAAUUCACGAAGCUUUGAAGUCUGUCAUCGACUACCAGACUCAUUUCCGCCUGAGGGAAGCGCAGGGCCGCAGCAGAGCAGAGGAUUUAAACACAAGGGUGGCCUACUGGUCAAUAGGGGAAGCAAUCAUCCUUCUUGUUGUUAGUAUUGGGCAGGUAUUUCUCCUUAAAAGCUUCUUCUCGGAUAAAAGAACCACGACAACACGUGUUGGAUCGUAACCAGUGGCAGUGCUUCAGGUGUGUUACUCGUUAAGAUUAGCGGUUCUCCAAUUUAAUUGUAGGUACAGAGGUCUGACUAUAUGCAACAUUCAAAUGUGUAUAUUCCUCAUCUCUUAAAAAUCACAAAACAGACCCAAAAAGUUACGGAAGUGACACAUAAUCUAAAAUAUUUUUAAGGAUCCUUUGGAACUUAAGUGUUUUAAUUCCCAUAUUAAAAUAUCUGGCAGUGUCUAGUCUCUCUUUAUUUCUACUGAUUGAUACUAAUCCAAACCAAGUUUGAUUUCUACCAGUACAAUUAGUCAUCUGCAGUGUAACACCUUAAAGUAACACAAAGUCUAGUGUCUGAUACAAGAGAUUAUAUAUAUGAAAAUAUCAUUUUAAUUUUCAGGCUGAAUAUCUUGCAUUAUAAAAAAGAAAACAUGAUUAACUGUAGUGCACUGUUUUGAUUUGCUGUUUUAAGAAAAUGGAAUCAUACCCCUUGGUUUUUUGUAAAGUCGUUGAAAGCUUGGCACUACAUUGUGGUACACAUUCUUUAUCAGCCUGGAAAGUCUUCACAAUUUGCUGAGUUUUAUACUUUAUUAUGAUUGCUUAAACAUACAUUCUUCUGUAUUAAAAUGAAUACAUAUUCUCUUUUGCAAUGUUUGUUUUACUGAAGAAAUUGUAAGCUGAGACUACUCAGGAAAUCCACUUCUGCAUACAAAAAAAAAAAUUCCAAAUUUCCAAGUUUAUGUAAAAAACAUGCAGUAGAAUAGGGAGUCUUCUAACUUUGUCAUUGAACCUGUGCAGCACAGCACCAGCACUGGAUGAGGUUAUAUUAUGUGUUAGGCACGUACAAAGCUUUUUACUAAAUUGUUUUCCUAGUAAGAGGGCAAUUUGAUAUUGAUACUGCAUUGCACAAGUGCUGUAAAUAUUCCUCUGUGUGGUGCACUGAGACAUGACAGCCUUGUGCAUCUUAAUUGCCACUCUUAUUUUGUUAGUGGUGAGGAAACGUUUUAAAUAUUUCAGGUUAUCUUUUUGGUAGAGUUAUUAGAGUUACAUUGUUUUCACUGCUUAUGUCUCCAGUAGCUUAUGUAUUGUAAAAUUCUCUUUUAUUUGGUUGUGGAAGGUAGUAAAUGUAUGUACAUGCCCAUAGGUUGAAUUGAGCUGGUCAUAGUAAGGCUAAACUCCUUCAAAUGGCUCUGGAAAAAAAAAAUAGGCUGACAAAUUCUUAAAUGCAUAUAAAAUAAACUAAAGUGAAAAAAUUGUCAUGUAUUACUAGCUAAAUCAAAAGAUGCUUCUUACUCAAGUUCUCGACAAGCAGAGAAAGAGUACUACACCCUUAUUAAUUGCCUAUAGUAUUUCUAGCAAAAAUUUGAAAUUACUUGUUCAUGACACUUGAACAGUCUGAGAAAUUGAUCUAAGAUUACUUGAUUUUAAAAUCAUGAUUGAAAAAAAUAAAAGUGUCCCUACUCUGUUGUGAACUAAUUGACUGCUCUUUUGGAAAGUGAAUGAAAACAUCAGACAGCUCAAAGACUAUUUAGAAGGUCAUGGAGGUAUUAAAUUUCCUUAAGUAAAAUUCAGGAUGUAAAGUUCUGUUGUCCUGUACUGAAUUUUGAAUUUGCAUUCACAUUUUGGGAUGCAGGUUCUCCAGAAACAGACCCACUAAUACAAGAAAACAAAAUUCUGCUUUUGUCUUGCAAUACAAAUCUGUCCCUGCACAGAACAUUCUUGAUUGUACCUCUAUGCUUUCUUCUUGUGCUUCAGCAACUGAUGUCUUUUUGUGCUGCAUUGCACACAGUAGUAAAGCAAGUGGUACACUUCAGGUGCAAGUGUCAAAUGAAAACAUUAUUUACUUUUGCUAGUGUUCAUUAUUUCUGGAGUUUGAAGAUUAGUUAUGUGGCUUUAAUCACAACAAAGGCAUUUGGUUGAACGCUUGAAUUGUGUUGGGGUUUUUUUCUACUGAGUUUUUCUGUGUGCUGGCAAAAGUGGUAAAUAGUGCUAUAAAACUGAUGAUCAGCUAUUGCAUACAUGUCUCUUUAUUUCAUGAUUGUUUGAAUGUGUGGACUGUUCCAUUCAAUGUUACUCCCACAGCAGAGGUUUUGUGGACUUGACUUUUCCAUUAAAGUUAGGUGUCUGAACCAGUGCUCUGGCAUCCUGCUGCAUAAUACGCAGCAACAGCUUAAAAAUGCCUUUAUUUUUGUGUUGUUAAAAACAUGGCACAAACACACGUUUAAACGUAGCUGUAUAUAGUUUUUAACUGACUGAAUAGGAUAUAAUAAAACACACAUGUUAACACGCAGUGGGUGAAGAAGUGCAUUGUGACCUUUGGUUAAAACUGCACCUUUUUAAUAAAUGGGCAGUUUGGUUAAUGGUGUGAUACGCAAGAAAACACCCUGCGUUAAAGGGGAUAUAACUGUGUUUUUAAUUGCUAAAUGCUCUGGGUUUUAGCUAUGCGUUGGAUGUUUUAUGUUUACAAGACUUCUUUUCGUGUCCUGAAAUGUCGGUUCUUUAGUUUGAGGGCAUGGGGGGGAAAAAUUUAGUUUGAAUAAGACAAAAAGUAGAUCCUGUGAAUAUUGUAUGGGAAAAUAAAAAAAUAAUAUAUGAA